UUUGCAUAUUUGUAGUUCAGCUGUCAUGGCGGACGAUAAGACUUUUACAAGUGCCAUUUUAAAGAGGCACGAACAAUUAAAAAGAUGGGAAGAAUCCGAUACAAACAAAUGUCCAGGUUCAGAAGUAGGUAAAGACAGAAAAGUGAAAUUCCAAGAUGGGUGCAUAUUCCUUGCUGCUUGCUCCAGCGGGGAUUGUAAUGAGGUGAAACGUUUGUUGGAUCGGGGUGCCGAUAUAAACACAGCCAAUAUCGAUGGAUUGACAGCCUUACAUCAGGCGUGUAUAGAUGACAACCUUGACAUGGUGGAGUUCCUUGUGGAGCACAAGGCAGAUGUGGAUGUCUGUGACAAUGAGGGAUGGACCCCGCUACAUGCUACAGCAUCAUGUGGCUUUACAGAGAUUGCCAGGUACCUGAUACGGAUGCAUUGUAAUGUAGCUGCCGUCAACAAUGAUGGUGACCUGCCCUACGAUAUAUGUGAGGCAGAUGAGAUGGAAAAACUUCUCCUGCAGUCCAUGGAGGAACAGGGUGUUGAUAUGGAGGCAGCCCGUCGCGAGGAGGAAGAUCGUAUGAUGACAGAUGCUAACCAGUGGAUGGCUGCCAAAAACAAGGGCGAAACUUUGGAGGAAGACAAACACCCAAAGACCGGGGCUACGGCCUUACACGUGGCAGCUGCCAAGGGCUAUGUCAAGGUCAUCGGCGUGCUAUUACAAGCGGGUGCUGAGAUCAAUGCCAAGGAUGUUGAUGGCUGGACGCCACUUCAUGCUGCUGCCCACUGGGGAAUGGAGGAGUCGUGUAAAAUACUCGCCGAAAAUAUGUGUGAUAUGGAAGCCAAAAAUAAUGCUGGUCAGACAGCAUUCGAUGUAGCGGACACAGAGUUGGUGAAACUGCUGGAAGAACUCAAGUUGAAACAGGCUUCUCUUAAGCAUCAACAGAAGGACCUUCAUAUCAUGACAAAAGUCCAGUCCAAUAGGAGAAGCCGAAAUGACCCAGCAAGGAGUUCCGUUACUCGUAUGAGCGUCGAACAGAAACACAAUGUUAUGAUGAAGAAUGUCGACCAGGAGAAGGCAAAUCUUGAUGGCGGGCACGAACCAUCGCUGACUGAGGAAAAAGCGAAGAGUAGCUCCAGCUCGUGUAGUGAAGAUGAGAUGACGUCUGACUCGGAAACCGAAAAGAAAAAUGAACUGAACAAGAAAACUUCAGAAAAAAAUCAGCCUACGGAAAGAGACAAGCCCCCGAUAAUGACCACUGUCGAGAUCAAAGAAAAACACCCACCCGAUAUGCCAAAAAUCGAGGAAUCGACCGAAAACUCAGAAAAGGAAAAUCUUAAAAAUAUUGAUGAUAAAGAUGAGUUGGUUAAGGCAGAUAAAAAGAAAGAAGAUAAUUUGAUUGGAGAUGGUCUUAUUAUGAAGGACAAGAUAUUUAACAAUGACACGCCGGAAAGUAAGAAAGAAGAGAAGGCUAAUGAAAAGUCUAAUGCUAAAGAUGUCGGUAAAACUGAGAAAAUUGAAGACACCCUUAAACAAAAGGACGUUAAUACGGUUAAAGAAAACGAGGUGAAUGACGAUGUAUUUAUGGAGAAGAAGGAGGAAAAAGAGAAAAAUAAGGACACUGUUAAUGAAAAAGACAAGAAUAAAGCCGAAACACCACUUAUCGAAAACGUCACCCCGAGAAAGGGACGGGAAGCCUUAAAAAGAACGGAAAGUGCCCCACCUGGGGUUACUGAGGUACCCAAGAUCUCAAUUAACUCGAAAUCGUACGUAAAAGACGAAGGGAAAGGGGAAAAUGACAUACCGUCAUGGCGUCGUCUUGGUCUUCGUAAAACUGGCAGCACGAGCAUGGUCCCGCAGGAAACAACGAUAAGUCGGAUAUCGGAGGAAGAUAAAAGCCUCAUUCGCUCCGCGUCCAGUCCCCGAUUAGCUGAGGAAGAUGAAGAGAAUAAGAAAAAUGAAAAGAAUGACAAGCCAUUAACACGGCGACCAUUCCUUAGCUCCUCCUCAUUCUCAGGGACGGAUCAUAACAACUCCAGUUUGACUGACAGACUUCAACGCUGGAAAAGAUAUGGGGGAUCUGGCGUAAAACAGAACCCGUAUAUAGCUGGCUUAUCUUCAUCAAUGAACUCAAGUGGAACGGGCCGAAGUGGAUACCAGUCCUCGUAUGUCCCUUAUUAUCGAAUGAAGGACCGCGAAAGGCAAGAAAAGGAACUUGCAGAUAAGGAAAACAAGGCGAACAUUCGGAACUCCUCCCCGGCAUCCUUAGCGUUGUCAUCAGCAAACACGACUAUAUCUUCGACCUCUUCUGCCACAACUAUCACCACCCCGACCUCAUCUUUUACCCACCAUCGGAAAUCGUACGAAGCACCAAAGAGAGAUGAGGAGACUGAAAUGUUACGGAAGGUCCGCGCAAAACGGGCAAGGGAGACUAGACGUUCUACACAGGGUGUUACUCUAGAAGAUGUGCAGCAGGCUAACCAGGUGUUACAAAAGCCCGACGUCGACCCUGCUUCCACAUUGUCAACGGCAAUGACCAUAUCCACAGCCACAAGCCUUGCUGAUCGAAACCGCAGCGAUGGGGCAACCACAAAAUCUCAGGUCACCACAGACUCUAGUUUAGGCACGAAGGAUAGUGUCAGCAGUGUUUUGAAUGAUAAGGAUAUUAGUAGCAGGCUUACAGGAGACGUGAAUCUACGUCGCACGCAGUCAGCCUUAGAUUCAGAUAGUUCAGCCCUGUCAUCGUGGCGAAGAUCGAGAGAGGAGGCAGCGGCUAAAAAUGAUGAUGACAGUGCACCUCGAAGUAGCAGUUUCAGGCGAAUGAGGGAAGGAAGAGACUUGACAGACUCUUCAGCCUACGUCCCUCGAAAUCGCACAGAUCGUACUGAACGAAAUGCCCUGUCUGCUGCCGAUAUCGGCAGUAAUUCAAUUCUGUCUGCUAGUCUAGGUCGAACUGCGUCUCUCCGAGCUGACAGAUUGAAAAAGGCGGAGGAAGAUAGUCAACUAGAACUGCGCAGGGACAAAGAUAAAGAAAAGGAAUCUGAUAAGUCAAAAGAUGACAAAGAAGAAAAGAGGCCCGAAUCAACUGCAAUCCGACGCCGUAGAAUAAAUAAAGAGAGAAGGUCGACUGGCAUUGCCAACUAUACCCCGGAGGAUUUAAAACAAAUGCGAGAAAACGCUGCACAGUGGAAACAAGAUAAUGAAGACGAGGAUAAGGACAAGGAAAAUAAAGAUGACACCAAGGGAGAGCAGCCUGAUACUGAUGAUAAGAGUUCCCGCUACCCUCGUUACAGUUCAACAUCUGACGUCCCCAGCAAUCUCACAACCCGUCCUAGCUCCUACAGCGAGUACUCCCACACAAGGUCAACACCCUCGCUGGAAAAGGACUACAAAAAGUUAUAUGAGGAUGAGAAAACAGAAAAGGAAAGAUUAAAACGUGAGCUAGAACAGUGCAAGAAAGAGCUCCGUGAAGCUAAGGUUGAGCUGGAAAAACAGAUGAACAAACACGAGGCAAACAGGGUCUCAGACACAAACGACAAAAGGGAGCGGAGAGCGUUGGAACGCAAGUUAUCUGAAUUAGAAGAAGAAAUUAAGCACAUGGAAAGACUUAGGGCAGAUAAUGCAAAAUUACGGGAGGAAAACCGGGCUUUAACACGAGUGGUUGCCAAGCUUUCGAGAUAGAAAAUGGAUCAAUUGAAGGAGGACAAUAGACGAUUGCGAGAAGAGAAUGGUGCUCUUAUACGAGUUAUAAGUAAAUUAUCAAAAUAGUGAACGUUCCUAACCUAGUACAAGACUUUAUUCCAAGUUUGAAUGAAAACUGCCAAAGAUCUUGCAUUUGAGGGCUGAACAAAUGAUCAAAUUUGUAAGACCUGUAUCAAACUUUCCUAGUGCCUUCUUCUUAUCAAACAAGUGCCAAGUUGUAGCAAAAAAGCAAACAGAUUGGGAAAAGUGCCUACUAAAGUAAUGAAAACAAACUGAUUGAAAAUAGAUAAUACAUGGAUUGCUUUUGUUGCUAUUGUAACAGCUCUUCAGAAGAAGUCACUUGUUCAUUCAGUGAGAUUUUUGGUAAUUAUGUGAACUGUUGCUAUGGCAAUUGGUCAUGUUUCAAGUGCAAUUUGACUAGGUUUACUAUGUGAUAAUUUUUCUCAGUAUCAGGAUUGGUAGUGGAGUGGUGUAUUGGUUGCUAAGAAGAGGAUUCCAGUCAUCUGUUGUUGUCAUAGAAACAAGAGGUCAAGGACACACCUAAGGUCAUUUCCAUGACAGCAAAGGUCAUGGUCUGUUAAAUUAUUGAUUAGUUUGAAAUUAGUUUGGUAAUUGUAUUCUGGCAUCAACAUAAGAUUGUUUAAACAAAAUUGCCAAUAUUUGAAAUUAAUGCAUUUUGUUGGCAUUCAAUAAAUGUUGACUAUGACUAAUUCAAUGUUAAUGCCUAUUAUUGCUAUGUAGUUUGCAUGGUCAUAUUUUCUGUACUUAGUUUCACAAUUAUGGCAAGAAAACAUUGACUUCUUAUCACAAAAUUUGCAAUAUUGUUUUUCAUUUUCAAAGCAUUCUCUUAUGCAUUGUGGUAUUUUAGUCACAUUAUUUUACAUUGAAACAACUUACUCUUUGGAGGAAACUUAUUGUUCUCAAUUUUAUAGUAAAAAAUACAGCUUUUUUUAUAAAAAAAGAAAAAAAGUUCUUGUUGAUUUGUGAAAUCAUAACUUUCUUAUUAUGAAAAACAAAUCAUGCUGAAACUCUUUAUACUACUCAAGAUAUAAAUUUAAUAUAUGAAUAUUGUUAUCCUUGUUGAUUUUUUUUAAUAUUCUCAAAUUCUGAUUUUUCAAUUCUUCCCCUUAUUUUCUUUAAAUGCUUAUAAAAGAUAAAAAUUACUUGACUGCAUAAAUAUCUUUGAGUCAUUACACAAAAAAGAACCAUCAGUAAACUUACAGUAUUAUUGAAAACAAAAAUUUGAAAAGAAGGAUGUUUUUAAUACAUUUUGAUUGUUUGUUUUGUGUUGCUAGAAAUAAUUGUUAAUAAUAAAGUUAUGAAAGUAGUAAUGCUGAGCGCUUGAAAGAUGUAACGCCUUAUAAAAGCAGUAGGAGUUACAUCCAUGUUGCGAUAAGCCCUUAAAUUUCAUUAUAGGGUAUGUAGUUUAAUUGUUUGGUGGUGUUCUCUUAGAAAAAAAUGCAUGUCUUAAUGAAUUCAAUGUGUGUACUUUGUUGUAAACAUAAAUAAGCUAUAAACAAUUAUUAUUAACCCUGUCUUUUCUAGUUAGGCCAGACAAAAAUGAUUUUUAGAAUCUCAUCCAGAUUAUUUUUUGAAAAAUUGGGCAUGUUAAUUUAAAAACAAAAUAAAUAAAAGAGGAUUUGGUAUGUUCAAAUUUUUCCCCCAUUUUAAAUCACAUUUUGGUUAGGCUGAAAUUUCGUUGAUUGAAAAACAUUGGUUUGUAUGCAGAGUAAUUUUAUAGAUGAGAAUCGAAAAAUAAUUUCUCUUUGGCCUUAAAAAAAAAGGAAAUACUUUAUAUAAAGGUAACUUAGCAAGUAGCGAUAUUUGUAUUUUGUACAUUCACCUGAAUUGUGUCCUCUUGUUGUUGAAAUUUGAUUGGUUAAUAGAGAUCGAGGUGUGGCUAGAAAAUCACAUGACCUUCUCAUUUGCAUACUUGAUGCAUAUUUUUGUAUUACUGUAUAAUUAAGUUAUUAUUAAUGAAAUCAAUUGUUAUAUUGAUCAUAACUUGUUAAAUUUCAGCCAAUUAUAUUUUUGCACAUUGAGUUAUUUGCCAUCUGUACUAAAUUAUUGGUACGUUAAACAUGUCUAUGUACAUUUGUAUAUGAAUUCUGGUGCUAUUAUCUUAAUUUAUGUUAAACUAUGUCAGAUUUGUGUCCUACGUUGACAGUUCCAAAUCUUUCCAUACCCCGUACUUGUAGAAAAAGAUAUAUGCUUAAAUAAAUGUCUGGAUAUGUCUACUUCUUCUUUCGCGAUUACAAAUUGCAAUAGCAAAAAAAUACUACACCAUAGAUAAUAAGUGAGCAUUAUAAGGUAGGGAAACAGUGGAAAGAAAGGUGACUAAUUCAAUAUAAAUGUUUUUUUUAAUUAUGACUUUUUCAAUAUGGUUGUCUGACAUUUUGGUUAGGAUUCUACAUGUGUAAUAAAAACUGAUAAUUAAAUGAUUGUAGUUGGUUUAAGUAGUGUCACAGAUUUUCUAAGCUUAAAUCUGAUCUUAGUCAUAAAACUAGGAUGGACAUAUAUAUAGAUCUUUAGCUUUAGGGCAUUUUUAGUAGCUAGUAGUUACUUGUAGCUGACAUGAGAUUAUUGAUUUUUUGAUAAAAAAAAAAAGAAUGAAAUGUUUUUUUUGUAAAUAUUGUAUUUAUAAGUAUGUAUAUAAUGUAAGAUAUUGUACAUAUUUCCUCGGAGCCAAAUGACUGCAUAUUUAAGCCUUGUUAUGCAAAACGCAUGCCUGCUGUUAAAACUGGCUGUUACUUACUUUGACCUGUUUAAGCAAUCCAAGAUCAUUUUAAAAGAUACAAAAUAGGUUCCUAUUUUACCGAUAGUACAAACAACUGAAGUCAAAUUUGGCCAAAUUCUACUCCUAAAACAAUGAAAGAAGUUUUCAAUUUCUUGCUAUUUUGAUUUAAAAUAAAGAAAAGAACAAGGCAUUCCGUAUGGAGUCAAUGUUUUGAUAAUUUGUUUCAUUUUUGUCAUGUUUUUUUUUCUCUUUCAAUUUAAGCACUGAGUAUAUUAUCUGAGGUGUAUCAAUCAUUUGUGCUUUAAAAGGCUUAAUUAAAGAAGCAAGACUAGCUUUAAUGUGAAUCUAUAUUUACCCUUCUUCCUAUUGAUGGUAAGAAAUAGACCUUGUUUAAAGCAAGAAAAAAUAAAUGUUGCUUUGGUUCACAAUUCUUUGCUUUGAAUAGGAUCAGUUCAAUGAUAAAAAUAAUACCAGAAUACAAAUAUGUGCAUAAGGUUGAAGUAACUGGGCGAACAGGAGUCUGCAUGAUGGUAAGAUAACUCAGAAACUGCCUUGAUCUCAGUGAACAGUGGGUUAAAUUGUUCUGAGUAAUUUAAUUAUUUUUAUUUAAAUAAAAAUCACUUAAAAUUUUAAUUAAUUUUUGCUCACCUGAGCACAGCACAUUAUGCUCAAGGUGUCCAAAUAUUAUUGAUAAAACGGAAGGUGAAAUGCUAUUCGUCUGUUUCUAUAUUGCUAUUUGAAUGCUUUGCCAUUGAUGGUAUUUGUUUUUGCCUUUAAAUUCAAAACUAAUGAUGUGAAAUCAUUGGCUAAAAACUAGAUUGUGAAGAGAAUAUCUAUAAAAAUUCAAGCCUUUGGUGUUGUAUUGUCCAGUUCCGCAUAAUGAUUUUACUGGCAAUUAAUUGUUAACUUAUUCAUGUCAAUGUGAUAAUUGUUAAUGUGCAUAAUAUUGUUAAUUUUUAUGUUGUUUUUCAGACUGUGCACCUGUUGUUAGCCUGACAGAAAAAUAUAUGAAUGUUGCAUGCAUUUCUGAGAAGAAGAUUUUUCAAAUUUUCUUGGCAUUUAAAGCUUUAAUUGCUGGGGUUUAUUCAAAAAAGGCAUUUGGUGUUUUCUGACUAGAAACUUUACCAUCUAAAAAAGGAGGUUUUUUCAAAAGCAUUACUAUCACAGUUUUUCGCAAAGUGACAUGUUGGACUUUGUGCUUGAAUAAACCUUCAAAUAUUCUAGCUUUUUCAAGAAAAUUGUUAACUCUUUGUUCCCAGUAUGCAUGUUGAUGUAACCAUCUUUAAACCUGUUUACCUUAUGGUGACUUUUGACCUUUUCUGGAGCCUUGGUUACAGUUGCUAUGGUAACUGUGACCUUUGAUCAUUUCAAGGUCAGAAGGUCAGCCGGUACAGUUGACAUGUUGGACCUGUAACUGGUAUUCAGGUGUUCUAGAUGGUGGCAUUUCUCUUGCCAGAGUGUAUGGAUUAUAUGGACUAAAAUAGAAACAGAGUUAACAUCUUGGUACGGGAAAGAAUGUGAUUGCCGAAAUGGCCAUUUCCCGUAUGAAAUAAGAAUAUGCUGAUAAGCCCCCUGACAAUUGUUGGGGACAUAUAAAGAAAACCUUGUGGAGUUGAUGCGUUUUUACCCUGUGUGCUUUUGUUUGUUAACCUUAUCGUUGUUUUCUCUGUGAAUCUUGUCAUUUUUGGCUUAAGGCCAUGCAGUCAAAAUUUGAUGAGGAUUUUGUUUCAAUAUUAUGUUGUUUUUCUAUUUAUAAAUUUGCUUGUUUUGUUAAUAUAUAUAUAUCACACUAGAUUAGGGGUAUAUUUAGUUGUUUCUUAUUAUACUACACUAUUUCUGAUAAUUUACCCACAUGAUAAUAACUGGUAUGGCCACAGCUUAUUAUUCUGGUUCAAUCUUGAUAUUUUAGUCUUAAAUAUUAUAUAAAGUCCUUGUAUAAAUUGAGGAGUCUUGUUGACCCUGAAAAUAGGGGAUGAAAGCGAAAAAGGUUCUAAGUGACAUUAAAUGAAGAUAGAACCGUUUUGCUUCCAGCCCACUAAAUGCUUGGCAGCUUAGACACUAAGUCAAGAGUUGGCAUUACUGACUUUGCAUACAACAGCAUGUGUUUUGGAAUAGGGCUUAUAUAAAAAAUUGGCUUGAUUGGAAAUUUGGCUUUUGUUUGACUUUGUUUGGUUGAAUACUUACAAAAUUGUGCUUCGGGAAAAAAAUCUGAUUGUACAAUUUAAUUAAGAAACCACUUUGGCUUAAAUAUUCAUCUUUUAAGACUGACAAAAAUCCAUUUCACUUUUAAAUAAUUCAAUUCCUCUAUAAAGCAAGACUUUAUCCAAAAAUAAUGCGUAGAAGUUGUAUUGCUGUAACUUCCAUUUAUUAACAUUUGUGGGAGGGACAACUAUUAGACAUAUGUAUUUAAGUUUUUGCUGAAGUUUGUAUGGAAUGUAUGUUCUUCAGCAAAAAUUGUGUGUUUCUUGGAUGUGCAAAAAUAGAGGCAUAUUUACCCAGGCUAUUAAUGCUGAUAAUUCUGAGGACCAUACAUCAAUCACUAUACUGUCAAAGUAGAAUAUCAAAGAUGACAUGUUGGAUCUUUGCCUUGUACCAUACUAUUAAUAUAUUGUCUCCAUUUAAAAUAGUAUUCAUAUAUUUAUUUAUUUUUAUCUAUUAUUAGGGUACCAUUGAAAACUAGACACAUUUCAAUCCAUUUUGGUACUUCACAUUAAUUUGUAUAUGAAAACAUCUUUUGAAAUCAAAUGUCAAUCCAACCAUUUAACAUAAUGCCCAAAUCAAAUUUUAAGUUCAGCUUUUGCUAAAUUGUUGAAUAAGGUCAAUUUUAAUUGAUUUUAAUGGUAUGAAUGAUAAUUGAAAUUGUGUGGUACUUUAUUACUAAAUGAAACUACUAAUAAUAUUACAUUGUGGUAGAUGACAUGAAGUAAUAUUCUAGUGAUUAAGAAUGGGCUGAGUGAGUGCAGCGAACAAGUCCUUCAUAAUCAUUAAACUAUUACUUCUGGUCAUGUAGAUAUCUUAGAAAACUACCUUAUGGCUGAUUGUCAACCAAAGUCUGUGGUGGAGAAUGUGUAUCGGAUGAGAGGCAGAAGGCACCCACGAAAGUUGAAAUUCUAAAUGAUUUAAGCCUAGUACUUAAUGAUUGCCUAUCUGCAAUUUCAUUGGCUAAGAAUGUAGGUGUAUUCUAAAGUUAAAGUGAUGGUUUGGUACAGUGUUUACUUGACAGCGCAGUGAGUCUCCCUGGUGACAUGUUGGACUAGGGUUCUGUAUGGUCUUCUAAAUACAAACUUAAAUUUUACCUUAAAUUCAAUAUUGGAUAGACAAUACAUAUUGUUCACCUCAAAAUGUCAUUUUGAAUUCAUUCAUUUAUAUUGAAAUCAAUAUUGUUUAAACCAAAAUGUCAUUCUAAACCAAGUUUGUUUUAAGAAAACAUCAUUAAUCCAAAGUUCAUUGAAUAACUAUUCUUAAUAAAGAUAACCAUUAUUCACUAAGUUAAUAUGCUAGUAUGAAUUGUUUUUAUAAUGAUUUCAUUUUGCACAUCCAAGUAAAAGCUUGGUUAAAGGUACUAUGUAUCUUUGCCUAAAAAUGAUGGUACAUCAUUAUAACAUUACAUCAUACAAGAAGAUGCUAUGCUUUUUACCUUAAUCUCCUCUACAAUGGCAGUCAUGAGCAUCGAUUGUAGAUGGGUUUGGUUGGUAAAAUGUGUAGUCAAUUGCAAAGGAAGUUUUGGUCCUUUCUGAAUGUCUGCAAGGACAACAGAAGCAAUAGAUUGGACCAAUUGCUUUGCAGAAACUGGUCACAUGAUUCCUUUUGAUCAUGUGACUUUGAAAAUGAUAGGCAGUCUUUUACUCGCAUUGUGAAUAGGAUUUAUUUACGUAAACAUUUUUCGCUUGUUUAAGUUUCGAUAAAUAUAAGACAUGAUAAAACCAACAUGUUUGGGAUACACAUCUUAGGGGAGAAGGCAGAGGAGUUCUAAGUUUAGAUAGUUUUUAUGUCAGUUAGUUCUUUGAUGCUGUCAACCUGUGAUAACAGCAGUUAAGGCCUUUUAGUAAUUUUAGUACCUUUGAAAAGGAUUUCAAAUAAUCAUCAAACAUAUUAGGCAAUGAAAUGCUAGCUUCUGUUAUUUUUUUUAAAGAUAAUGCAAUAAUUAAUUAGGCCAACAUUUCUAUCCUAAUUUACAUUAUUUCCGAUUUAAAAUAUUAUUGCUAGAGAUAUGUUGUCAAACUCUUUUAGUAUUUAUGCAUGUUCAAUGCUUGUGUUAUCAUGAAGUGUAGAGCUUAAUCACCCUCCCUUCACAUUAGACCUAUUCGGCAAGCUUUGUCUUCUCAAAUCAUUUUGGUUUCAAGUAAAUGUCUUAUAAGCAAUGCUUGAUAAAAAAGAUUAUGCAUUAAUCGGUUUUAAUUCCACUAAGUGUAAAGAUCUAGUCAGACUUUUCUUUACCCAUUUUCUUCCUCUAACUUACAGGUUCAAAUAUUUCAGUUUGCCUGAGGGUUUUGUUACAUUUUAAUCUGCCUAUGCUUUAAGGAGCCAGUAUUUGUUACUGUUAUUUGUGUACAUAAAUUUGGCAUUAGAUAGUUAGGAAAUUAUAGCUUAGUUUAAUUCAAGUGCAUUGUUCAAAUUGAUUGUUCAAUUGAUUGUACUGUGUCAUAUAUUUGAACAAUAAUUCUACAUUUUACUAAGUGCUAACUGAAUAUUGUAUUGUAAAUGUCAUUUAAACAUAAUUGGCUGAAACUUAGCAUGUUGGUUAACCAUAGGUAGUAUUUUCAAAACAGUGUUAACUGUAACUAUGUCUUUUAGUUGUUAUAGUGUUUUUGACAUGGUAGUAUGCAUAAGUUACCAGGUAUUGAAAUAUACAUUAAGUUAUGCAAAUGAGUAGGUCAUAUGAUUAGACAAUUUUGAAUAUUCAUAUCAUGAUGUCAAAAUAUGUUUUUGUACAGUUAAUAUUUCUCAUGUUUAUGUAUUAUACUAUUAUUAUUAUUAUAAUUAUUAUCAUAUUAGCAAAUUAGUAAUGAGUUAUCCACUAUACUGAUAAUAAUAAACCUGUUUUGCAUUA